AUCACAAGUUUACAGACAGAGUUAUUUGAAGUACAGAAGAACAAAACUGAGAUGAGUGAGGAAGAGCAGGCAUCAUCUGGAGCACAAGAGAUGGAAGAGAUGCUGGAAAGUUGUCAGGAAACUAUAGAAAAGUUGGGAAGUCAGCUGGGAGAGCGGAGAGAGCGGAGAAAGCAACUUGCAUCUGAGCUUGAACUGUUACGAGAGGAUCUGAAGGCUGAGAAGGGGUUGCCUGACUCAAAAUCAGAGUUUACAAGCCAUUGUAAUAACUUCCUGAGUCUCCAAAGAACAUCGGCAAGCAGGGAUCUCAUGAAUGUAUCCCAUGAGAAGCUACAAAAAGAUAAUGCUUUGUUAGAUACAGAGGUCUCUGAACUGCUACAGGAAAGAGAACAGAUUAACAAACUCGAGCAGAAACAUGAAGAUCUAUGUAUGGAUGAAAAGACAUACGAAGAACAGAUGGCUAAAGUAGUGUUUUUGGAAGAACAGAUGAAAAACUUGAGGGAUGAACAAGAACUCCUCUGUUCUGAAUUACUAGAAAGCAACAAGAAGAGGGAGGAGCUAGAAAAGCGGCUAGAAGAAAGCAAUGAAGACAAACGGUUGUUACUGGAAGAAAUUGCCCAGCUAAAACAAGAGAUCCUGACUACCCGGGAGCAGGACGAUGGCACAUGUGAAGAGCCUUUGAGGAUGAAUCCAGGCAUGGCACAUAGAGAGAACAGGUUUCUCGUGUCGCAGAGCAGUUUAGAUGGCAGCAUUAAACAGAGUCUGCCCAAUGAGCGAUUCCAGCAGCAGGAGGAAAAAAUGCAGCAAUUGCGACAGGACUUGCGUCGCGUUCAGAACUUGUGCAGCUCAGCCGAGAGGGAGCUGAGAUACGAAAGGGAGAAGAAUGCGGACUUACAAAAGCAAAACCUCUUGCUCCAACAGGAAUGCACCAAGGUCAAAGCUGAGCUGAAGCAAGCCCAGGCCAAACUCUCGGACACAACUGAAACGUGCUCCUCUCUCUCAGCACAGUGGGAAAAAAGCCAGCAGAGGGUCAAAGAGCUCGAACAAGAGCUCUUGAAGUGCUCCCAGGCUGAAAAACUGCAGAGCAGUCUGCAAGAGAAACUUGCACAGGAGAAAUCCAAAGUAUGCGAAGGACAAAAGAAGAUUUCAAAACUCCAGCAAAAACUCAAAGAUUCCCAACAGCAACUCCUGCUGGCAGAGGCCCGUGUUUCAGACAAGAAACUCCUGGAGGAGGAGCUGAAGGAAGCCCGAGAAAAUGAAGCUCGUGUGCAGCAAGAACUUCACGAGGAGCAGCUGAAAAGGAAGCUCCUGGAGCAGCAGGUGGAGGAGCUGCGGCAGCAGCUCCGGCAUUCGCGGGAGACAGAGGCAUCGCUGGCCAAGAUGCAUGUGGAGCUGCAGGCCAAGACCCUGCAUGUGCUAGAAGAUGAGAGGAAAAGUGACUCGGGUGAGCACCUCCAGUGUCAGAAGGAAAACCAGAAGCUUUCAGAGCAACUUUCACUGCUGAAGGAGGAAAACAAAGCCCUCUAUGAGGAAGGAGUUCGUCUCCUGAACCAGAAGGAUCUGUACAUCAGGAAAUAUAAUGAAAUGCAGCUCCGCCACAAAGACAAGAUCCGCAGAGCCAAGGAGACCUUCAUCCACGAGGUGAAGCGAAGGGACAGCAGAAUUAAGCAGCUGGAAAAUGAGCUCAGCGAGUCAAAGCUCCAAGUGGAAAAGGGGAAGGUGCUGAUUGCCCAGAUCACUGCAGAGAAUGAGAAACUACUCCAGGAGAGAAGACGGCUCCUGCAGAAAAUAACUGACCAAGAGGAGACCCCUUGGAGCCACCGGUCUGUGAUUGCCACCCCACAGAGCAGAGUGAAGAUCCUGGACGAGGAGAAUGUGCGGCUGCAUGAGAGCAAACUCCAGCUCUCUGGCCACAUGCCCACCUCGCAGCGCGCCCCGAGGAGCAUCCACGCUGCCCACACGGAGGACUUGAAGAGUGUUAACUUCUCCGAACGCCAACUACAGAGUAAGGUGUUGCCAUCUCCCCGUACCAGGUACCGUGGGCCUUCUGAGAUUGGGUACUUAAAUGUAGCUUCACCUGGAGACACCACAGCCUGUCAGCUGCAGGAGAAGAGUCAGAGCAUCAGCUCCGAGAACUUCUAA